CUCGCAUCGAAGCAGCUUCCCGCAGUACUAUAAUAAACAAGUUCCCCCCCUCCAUGCUCGUUCCCUCUUUUCGCCCCCAUCUCCAGUGGCGGCUCGGGGAAACCCUUGUUGGGGCGGCGCUUCAGGUCAGUAAUCUCAGCGGUCCCCUCUACAUUCUGUCUACUUUCCCGAGUUCUACAUCGGUUCCAUCUCAAUUGGGCCUUUCUCCGCGCUCUCCACGCUUCCAACCAGUUGAUUCUUGUAGGAGUUUGGUGGGAUGAUUGAUUCGGCUCGAAUCUAAAUUUAUUCCCCUUAUUGUUUGAUUUUAUGAGAUUUAUCGGGGGUUUUCGAGUCUGCCUCGCUUGGUGAGUUCUAGGGUUUCGUCCCGCUAGAUUUAUCCCCUUUCUCGAUUUCUAGGGUUUCUUUUGGUAAAAAACAAGAUUUGUAACAUGGCUGCCGGUCGAUAUGGUGGGUAUCGGGAUCACGAGUUCCGGGACCGUGAAGCGGAUGUAGAGAACUCUAGCAGGAGGGAUUAUUACCAGGGUCGUGUCCGUGAAGGGGGUCGCGAUAGGGACCGUGGCCGGAGUGAUCGGGACGUGCGUGAUAGGGUUAGUGCUAGCCAAAGAGACAUCACGGAAACGAAAUCGGUGAAUGGCUCCUACCGCUCCCCCAUGUCUAGCAAUUCGAGUGGUGGAAGCGGGCAUAUUCAGAAAAUGAGCCACCUCUCUGAGAGAGAUGUCGACCGUGAGACCGGGGAGUUGUCCAGUGGGAGCGGAUCAGAUGAUGCUGAAGCGCCUGUUUCAAAGAUCAGGGAGAAUGGGAUCCAGAAUCAGGAGAUUGAUGACGUUUCUAUGCCUGUUAGGAAAAGGAAAUUCUCUCCAAUCAUUUGGGAUAGGGAUGACAAUAAGAAAUCCAGUGUUUCUACUCCCAGGAGUAAGAUCAGCAAGGUUGAAGAUGUUACACUGCCUCCACCACCUCCAUUGCCUCAGGGUUUUGUACCACCACAGGUUGUUGAACCAUCUCUUGGGAAUGAGUUGCCUCUAGAUUCAAAUGUCUCUGUAGAUUUACAUCAGGAACAGUCAGAAAAUAACAAUCAGGAGGCCAAGUUGGUAGAUGAGUAUUAUGAGGAACCUGCACCGGCUCGGAGUAUUUCCUUCUCCAGAUGGGCUGAUGGAAACAGUGCUCUCGACGAUGAAGAAGAUGAACUCAAGGAGGAUGAUGCACGGAAAAGGAAAAAGACUAAUCCUUUGUCCAACACUGCAGGGCAACAACUGUUGAAGAAGUCACCGACUCCUGAGCUAGGUGAGGUUAUUGUGAGACAAAAUUCCAGUGGGGCUUUGUCUAAGCUCUUUGAUUCAGAGGGAGAGCAUGCAGAUCAUGAUCAGGAGGUUGAGGUGGAUGGGAGUGAUUAUAUGGAUGUUGACAGGGAUGAGUCUAAUGCAGAGACAAGUGAUCAACUUUCUGAUACCGACUUUGAUGCUGAAGAUCAUAGGUCUAAGACACCUGAAGCAGCACAGACGCCCCAAAGGAGUAUAAACAUGCUGCAAGGUUGUAGGAGUGUUGAUGAGUUCGAGAGGCUGAAUAAAAUAGAUGAAGGCACCUAUGGUGUUGUGUACCGUGCAAAGGAUAAAAAGACAGGGGAGAUUGUAGCAUUGAAAAAGGUUAAAAUGGAGAAGGAGAGGGAGGGUUUUCCACUGACGUCACUUAGAGAGAUAAACAUUUUGUUGUCUUUUCAUCAUCCUUCAAUUGUCGAUGUUAAGGAAGUUGUAGUUGGUAGCAGCCUGGAUAGUAUAUUCAUGGCAAUGGAAUACAUGGAGCAUGAUCUAAAAGGGCUGAUGGAGACUAUGAAGCAGCCAUUUAGUCAGAGUGAGGUUAAAUGCUUGAUGUUGCAGCUGUUUUCAGGUGUCAAAUACCUUCAUGACAACUGGGUACUCCAUAGGGAUUUAAAGACAUCAAAUCUUCUUUUAAAUAAUCGUGGAGAGUUGAAGAUAUGUGAUUUUGGCUUGUCUCGUCAAUAUGGCAGCCCAUUGAAGCCUUACACUCACUUGGUGGUGACAUUGUGGUACAGGGCACCAGAGCUUCUGUUAGGAGCUAAGGAGUAUUCAACUGCAAUUGACAUGUGGUCCUUAGGAUGCAUAAUGGCUGAACUUUUAGCAAAAGAACCAUUAUUCAGUGGAAAGACUGAGUUUGAUCAACUUGACAAGAUAUUCAGGGCACUCGGUACCCCGAACGAGAAGAUAUGGCCUGGAUUUGCUAAAUUACCUGGGGUUAAAGUUAAUUUUGUCAAGCAGCCGUAUAAUAAGCUACGGGAAAAGUUUCCUCCUACAUCAUUUUCUGGACGUCCAACCCUGUCUGAAGCCGGUUUUGACUUAUUAAACAAACUUCUUACAUAUGACCCUGAAAAGCGAAUAACAGCGGAAGCUGCACUUAAUCAUCACUGGUUCUGUGAGGUUCCAUUGCCAAAGUCGAAGGAAUUUAUGCCUACUUUUCCUGCUCAACAUGCUCAGGACAGGCGCCUACGAAGGAUAAUGAAGAGUCCUGAUCCACUUGCAGAGCAACGGAAGAAGGAAUUGCAACAAGGGGAACUAGGUCUUUCUAGUCUGUUUGGUUAGAGGACAGGUACAGAGCAUUGCUGUGGUCACGAUUGUGAGUGCUGCCUGGCACUUGUAGACAGAAAUUCAUAUUCACUAAUAUCUUAGGUGAGAUAUUUUGCUGGUGACAUUGUGCAACUUCAUUGGUAUCGAGCAACGAUUGAUAAUAUUGUUUAGCAGGCACCACUGAUGGUGUGGAUGACAAUGAAGGAUAUUAUCUUCCCCUUCUCCACCAAAACACCAUGUACUUCAGGCAUUUUCUUUUUUUACUUCAGCAGCAGUUAAUCGUUUAAGGUGUGGGAUAUCAAAUUUUAUCUUGGCAGUAUCAAUUUCCUCUCAGACUUGUAUAUGUAACAUAUUUCUUAAUGGUGAAAGACUGGAUUUAAUACCAAAUAUUAAUUGAUACGUUAAUACAUUAUUUUGAUCGUUCA